GCGACUUGUCCCCUCUCGAGCGGGGCGCCCAGUGCAGCGCUGGACACACAGAAGGCGCUCAAUAAGUGCUGAGUGAAAGGAUGAAUGAAUGAGCCCGUCCCCGCUGCCCAGCCUCUUCAGCCCCCGGUUUGAGGGCGUCCAGGCCACCCUCACCCCCACUCCACAGACUGGGGCAUCCCGACACUCGGCAGGGCGAGAUCUGCUUUACUUUGGCUCAUUGAGUCCCCGUAAAGCGGUCCACAUGCUUCAGCUCAUCCGUUUGUUCAGCCAGCGGUUACUGAGCAUCUGUUCUGCGCCAGGCCUUGCGCUCCAAAAAGUCCUGAGUCUUGGGCACAUCAGCACCGACUACCCGCUGGCCGAGACCAUCAUGCUGCUGGGUUUCUUCAUGACCGUCUUCCUGGAGCAGCUCGUCCUGACCUUCCGCAAGGAGAGGCCGGCCUUCAUCGACCUGGAGACAUUCAACGCCAGCUCGGACGUGGGCAGCGACUCAGAGUACGAGAGCCCCUUCAUGGGUGGCUCGCGGGGCCACACGCUCUACGGGGAGGCCCACGCGCAUAGCCACGGGCUGAGUGUCCAGGAGCUGUCGCGCUCCAGCCCGUUGCGGCUCCUCAGCCUGGUCUUCGCCCUGUCGGCCCACUCGGUCUUCGAGGGCCUGGCCCUGGGCCUGCAGGAGGAGGGGGAGAAGGUGGUCAGCCUGUUUGUGGGGGUGGCCAUCCACGAGACGCUGGUGGCCGUGGCCCUGGGCAUCAGCAUGGCCAGGAGCGCCAUGGCCCUGAGGGACGCUGCCAAGCUGGCCGUCACCGUGAGCGCCAUGAUCCCCCUGGGCAUCAGCCUCGGCCUGGGCAUCGAGAGUGCCCAGGGCGUGCCCAGCAGCGUGGCCUCCGUGCUGCUGCAGGGCCUGGCAGGUGGUACUUUCCUCUUCGUCACUUUCUUUGAGAUCCUGGCCAAGGAGCUGGAGGAGAAGAGCGACCGGCUGCUCAAGGUCCUCUUCCUGGUGCUGGGCUACGCCGUCCUGGCGGGCAUGGUCUUCCUCAAGUGGUGACCAUCCCGCGCCGGGUGCCCGCCCCGCCCCCACCCAGCCGGAGCCUCGCCUCUCCCGAGGGUCCAAGCUCAGCUCCCGGGCUGCACCUGCGCAGAGGGGCCACCCGGGACUGCACUGAGCCCCAGAUUCUACACCCCGAGCCUUGGGGCACCGCUACUACUUUUACAAAUUCUUCUCUUAAAAGUAUUCACCAAAGCUGUGUGGCCAUGUCAUCCGCAGGCGUGGGGGUCUGGUGACUCGCAGGGGAGGUGGCCCCGGGCGUCCAGGUGGGGUCAGACCCAGACCCUCCCCACCCCUAAGCACCGCCGGCUGUGGACGAGUGCGGGAGAGGCCAGCCUCUGUCCACCGCAGCCCUGGCUACAGUGCCAACUCCGUAGCCACCCCCCACGCCUUCCCUGGAGCCCUGCAGCACGUGGCGGGCAUGUCCCCAGGGUGAGCAGAGGGUCCAGUCGCUGUCACGUGAUGCCCUGAGGGGUUUCUGAAAGGAGUCCGCCAGCCAGGAGCCUCCAUUCGUUCGCGGUUAGUGGGGGUGAUGGGGCUGUGAUUCCUGCCACCUGAGGCUGUGCUUCUGGGGAGACGGAGGUUCCAGGGAUCUCGGAGCCGCCCUCUUCUUCCCUGCUUUCUGGUGCGGCCGCCCCCAGGGGCUGGGGUCCUGGGGCGGGCUGAGCUGCUCGGCUCCCCGAGGCAACAGAGCCCCAGGGCUGCAGAGAGUGCGGGCAGGCCUGGGGCGGCUUGGCCACAGGGUCUCCAGAACAGGACGACUCCCACAGGCCAGGGUCAGGGGCCAUGUGACUCAGCUCCCCCCGCCAGACACAAAUGAAGCUAGGACCCCCCUCGGGGAGCGCAGGAGCCUAACAGCCCCGUGGGGCUGGCGCGAACCCUCCCCUCCGUGGCAGCAAGCUCUGUUAGUGUAGUCAUGGCAACCGGCUCCUGCUCCCGGCUGAGCCAGGGCUGAGGGCCCUUCCGGGGGGACUUGACUGUGUCUGCCCCCAAGCCUGGAGGCGCGGCCUCGGCUUCCCCAGCUCCAUCCCAUUACUUACACCCUUCCUGUCUUCUCACUUGUCCACUCGGCCAUGAGGCCCAGGCUCCUUCCUAGAACCUCUGAUUUCCUUCCCCUCACUCACGGUCGCUGCCCAGACCCACACUGGGGAGACCAGCUGUGGCAGUGGGGCCGUCACAGCUUCCCGGCGAGGAUAGGCCCCUCUGCCCCGUGGCCCUGGGUGCGGUGGGGCCUCCAGCCGGUCACUCCGGCCCGGUGGUGUUCCAGGAGCAGCUACUUGCUUGUCCCAGGGGGCGUCCCAGGUGCUGGCCUGCUGCCAAUUGCCCAGCUCUGCGGGCAGGAGAGCACAUAACCUCCUCCACGGCCCCAGCCUCAUUUGGUGUCGAUAUGGCUCUGAGGGGGCAGGGCCGUGUGUCCAAGGCCCCCCACUUCCACUCUGUUGGGCGCCCACCCCACCGCUGCUGGAAGUAUUGGGCCCAUUUCCAGGAACUUCUGUCUGGCUUUUGCCAGGACCCACGUCUGAAUCCCGCAUGGCCUGACCCUGUCCCCAUGCUGGGAAAGUGACCCCUGUGGGCGUGGGACCAUCACCUCCACCUUGUCCUAAACCCACCCUUGCUGGUGACCCCUGCCCCUACUUCACUCCACCUUCGCCCCGGGUGGGCGGGAUGUCAUGGAGUUGCCAGAUUCCAGAGCCUGCCUUCAGAAGGGUGUGGCCCAUGGGACGGGGCUGGGCAGGGGCCCCCAGGGGCCCCGUCCCCCUGAAUCCAGUAGGAAACCCCCCCAUGGGUGCAGAACAGCCUGCUCCAGGCUUCCCCCCCUCCAUACGCCUUCCCCUCCGUUACCUAAAGCACAUGCACAGCAGGGUCCCUGCCCUCCCACCAGCCAUCAGCUUCCUGGGAUGCCUGGGGACACCACAAGCCCCUCCACCCCUCAGUUCCAUUUCCCCUUCCCUUCCCUGCACUGGAGCCUUCAGGGUCACAUCAUCCCCCCUCACUCUAAGCCAGCUUCCAGACCAGGAAGGGCGCUGCCACGCCAGUGAGGGGGGAAACCCCGGGGGCCCCCACCCGCCCCUCAGACACCGCCACCCCGGUCCCUGGCAUCCUCGGAUCCCCAGCCUGCCCAGCCUCCGUCUGCCAGGCUCUGGUCUCUCUCUAGGGUCCUGCCAGACCCAGCAAAACUACUUCCAGGCCCCCCAGGGGUGCUGGGACCCCAAGAAGUUUGGAGGGUGCUGUGUGUUGUAGGAGAGGAUACAGGCUGCCCCCCCAAUGCCACCCCUCCUGUCUGCUGUGGUUGGAGGGGCCAGGGUCAGCCCUGGGGUCUGCUUCCCGGGGCCACAGGGAUGAUGGUGUCACUUGGUUGGUUCUGGUCAGCUUUCCCUGCUUUGGCCAAGGAUCAAAGUUGAAAGCUGAGGUAAGAAGAAAAAUGGUCGUCCCAUCUGAUGGGGGCCCUGGAAAGGCCGACCUUGCUCCUGAGGUCCCCCAGCUCAUGGUGGCCAUGUCCAGCCUAGACCAGGGUCUUCUCGUCUAGGCCAACUCAGCGGCUCCAUCUCCCCCACAGCCGCUCUGACACGACAGGUGCCACGUGGUGACAGCUUUGGCUGAAGAAGCCUGUGGGUCGGUCGCCCACCACCUGGGGCCCUGGACCAGCCCUGACAUGGAACUGGACAUCGGCCAUGAAAGCCUUCAUUCAUCUCUGUGCAACUUUGCGCCAUCAAGGGCGUGUCGCUUUGAGAUCUGUGUGCGUGUCUCAUGGAGGAGAGGGGGGCACACGCCUGCUAGUGACCUGUGUAUCACUUGGUGACAACCAGGCACAGCCACCUUCACUUGGACACGAGCGUUCCCAAGUAGCACAAACGCCUUUCUGUUUAAAGAAACAAAACUCCCAGCACAAAACACCAGGCACCACCUUUAUCCGGAUGUGCCUGGCUGGGUCAAGGCCACCCCUAGCCGCUUGGCUGCGACCAGGCAGGCUCUUGGCAGCACGAUUAUGGGGGCCCAAUACGGGGGCUCAGCAAGCAGGAGGGUUGAGCCAGGACUCAGCUCUGGUCCUUGGUACAGCGUCACCCUCACCGGCCCCGCCGCCCCCGAGCCGAGUGGAGUUGGGGCUCCCAGUGCCGGCGACAGCUGGAUGCAGUCAGCCGGGUCCCCCUCCCUGACCUGGAGACAAAAGAGUAGAAAGUUAGGAGGCAGCACCCAGGCCUCGCGGACUGAAUCAAGCGUAAUAACAGUGUGUUGCGGCUUCUGUUGUCUGCUGUUUGCGUUUCUGAGGGAGAAGUUAUUAGUGUGGAGCCGGGGAGGGGGGUGCCGGUUGCCAGCCAGUCUGCAUCUUCUGGGCCCCGAAACACAGGCAUCGGACGGGAUGCUGUGUCCCUGCAUGCAGCGCCUCCAGGCCUGCCCUGACCACCAGGUCUGAACCCUCAGCCUUGCCAGGAAGAGAGGGUCAUGCAG